AUGAUACUCACGCAGUGCGCCGUCUGCGCUGCCCCACUGGGCUUAUCAUUGGGGAAGAAAUGUGGCCGCUGCAGCACGCGCUAUUGUGGGCCUGAAUGCCAGGUGCAGCACUGGAAAGAAGGCGGGCACGACAAGCUCUGCAAAUUGAUUAAAAAAGCAGGCGGCGCAGAGCAAUAUAACGCAAAUAAGAAGUACACGGAGGCCGUAGCCGUCGCGGCCGAGGCGUGCGCGGACGACACCAAGGGCCAGACGUGCUACAUCUGCACGCAGGCCCUCCACUGGAAAACGAAGGAGGGCCUCGUGCGCGGGUGUGCGUGCCGCGGCACGGCGGGCUUCGCGCACGUGUCUUGCUUGGCGGAGCAGGCGAAGAUUUUAGUCGCUGAAGCCGAGGAAAACAAUUUGGGGCCUGAAAAGUUGCAAACGACGACUUGUCGAUGGCACACGUGUAGCCUUUGCGAGCAAGAAUACCACGGCGUCGUGAACUGCGCGCUCAGCUGGGCGUGCUGGAAGACGUACGUGGGCCGGCCAGAGGCACACUGGACUCGGUUGAUGGCGAUGAGGCAGCUUGGGAGCAGUUUCUCCCGUGCGAAUCACCCCGAGGACGCCUUGUCCGUGCAAGAGGCCGAGUUGGCUAUGCUGCAGCGCCAUGGCGCAUUAAUAGAAAACAUUCUCAUCGUGCAUGGAAAUCUUGCAAACACGUAUGAAGCGCUGCAACGGCCUGAAAGGGCCCUGCUAUUGCGACGAGACGUCUACUCUGGAUGGCUGAAGAUCCACGGCGAAGAACAUUAUGAAACAAUUCGAGAGGCCAACAACUACGCGCGUUUUCUUGUUGAUCAAAAGCGCUUCGAAGAAGCCAAGAAGUUGCUGCGCAAAACGAUACCCGUGGCGCGACGCAUUCUUGGAGAGAGUCAUCUACUUACGCUCUCGAUGAGGGCGCAUUAUGCGCGGGCGCUCUAUACGGACCCCGCGGCCACGCUCGAUGAUCUCCGCGAGGCCGUGACGACGUACGAGGACACGGUUCGGAUCGCGCGGCGCGUGAUGGGUGGCGGGCACCCGUUCUUAGGGCCAAUAGAGCGCGACUUGGAAAGAUCGCGAGCCGCCCUCCGCGAGGCGCCGCAUUCCUAA